AUGCUAACCAGUCCGCGCGACCUCUCUCCCUUCAAGGGAAAGCCCCUCUGGGAACCUGACGACGAGGAAUGGGAAGACAUAGACGCGAUGCACAUCUCUUCGACUUACAAAGCCUCCUUCAGAGACCCGGGACGAUGUAGUCCGCAGAAGACAACAAAUGCUAGCACACUGUUCCGCUUCAGUGGCACCAUCACAUCCUUCCUACCUUUCUCCCCUGCCAGACUCGCCGCAGAAGCCCGUCUGCGCGAUGAAGAAGAGCUGCGAGACAGAAUAGAGGAGCUGGACAACGCGUACUAUUCCGACCCUGCCGGAGACGUCCACGAUACUGUCGUGGCCUCCACAUUUCUGUCUGGAUCUCAAUACUUUCGCCAUGAACAAGCUGGAAGUUUUGCCCGCGCUCCACAUGUCAUCGAUCUGGAACGGUAUUUCAAUACUCAAGACCCAUUAGUUGGAGCUGCUUACCCGCGUCUUUGUAGUGCAGUCGCUACGAUACUUAGUCACACGAACAGAGACUGUUUAGAAGCAUUUCUUGAUCCGCGAGUCGACGAAUUUGUGUAUCGGAGGGAAAUGGACAGGAGUACUGCAGGAAAUACUCUUGUAAUUAGGAGGAUGGGGAACAGUGUUGUUGCUGGUUCCUACCGUAACCUAGGCUUCUCGUUAUCAUGGACCUUGUACGUCAGAGCAUCGUUCAGCGCCACAGGCCUCUGGUACGAAACCUUUGCGUCGCCCGUCGCGGGCUCAAGUCCCAUUAUAAACGGAGUACCAGCUUGGGAUACCUUCAUACCAAUCAACGCGCCAUUUUCUUUUCCCGUCUCCUCGCCGUUCCUCCCACCACCGUCAUCAUCCCAGUCGCAACAAUCUACCCUGCCGUUGGAAUCCUCGCCUCGGAAGAUACUCUUAGCUAGUCCAACUUCACCUCCGCAGUGGACGCAGGGUCCGAAGAAAGACGAUGAAAAAGAAGACGAUACCAUUAAUCCGACAGACGAGAAGUUUGUGCUAUACCAAAGCAGGGUGCUGGCAAGGUUCUUUCUGAGAGACAUGUGGAUUAGAUUCGAGGGACGGUAUGAGUGCAAGGCCACGUGGGAGGUUGAUGGGGCAGUUAGCGAGGUGAGGCUAAGGAGGGCUGUCGUGGGGUUUCCUGGGGACAAUGACGAUGAUGGAUAA